AUGCUAGAGUCCGCCGGCGCCUCGAGCGAUGACAACCCCCAUCCAGGCGCACGCAGCAUUACCGACAUCACCUCGCAACAACCCCCGCUACCUCUCCCCGAACUAUGCGCCCAGAUUCACGACCGAGUCCACGCCUUCUUGAAUGCCGAGCCGAAAGAUGACAGGGUCAGAGCGGUACAGAGACAAAGUCGGAUAAGCCUGGGAGUCAUCGAGGAAGCGCUGAAGCGGUACAGCCCCGCCGAAAUCUCCCUCUCCUACAACGGCGGCAAAGACUGCCUCGUCCUGCUCCUCCUCUACCUCUGCGCUCUCCACACUCACCACCAUCCCCACCCCUCCACCUACCCUUCCACCCUCAACAGCGUCUACAUAAUCCCACCCCACCCCUUCCCCGCCGUGUCCUCCUUCGUCACCGCCACCGCCAGCACCUACCACCUCACACUCACCCGCCUCGCCCUCCCCAUGCGCGAAGCCUUCACCGCCUACCUAUCCUCCAACCCCUCCAUCCGAGCGAUAUUCGUCGGCACGAGACGGACGGAUCCUCACGGCGCCGAGCUCACGCAUUUCGACCCCACGGAUCGCGGGUGGCCGGAGUUCAUGCGCGUGCAUCCGGUGAUUGACUGGCGGUAUGCGGAGAUUUGGACGUUUAUAAGGGAGCUGGGGGUGGAGUAUUGUGGGUUGUAUGAUGAGGGGUAUACGAGUUUGGGGGGCAGGGAGGAUACGCAUCGGAAUCCGGCGUUGAAAGAAAGGGAAGGGGAGGGAUUUAGGCCGGCGUAUGAGUUGGUGGAGGAUGGGGAGGAGAGGUUGGGGAGGGAUUGGGGGGAGGGGCGGCCGUAG